CAAUGAUUAAGCCAAAAAAAAAAAACGCAAUCAAUUAUAUUUUGAUUCCAAUGUUAACAAUGAUUCUCUAAACCCUAAUUCCAUCAUCGCCAACAAAUGAGUUCUGAAUCAAAAAGACAAAUAUAUUUGGAGAAUGCAUAUGAAGAUAGGAUCAGCAAAUUACCAGAGGCAAUUCAUUGUCAAAUAUUGUCAUAUCUCUCAACAAAAGAUGCCGCCAAAACGAGCGUUUUGUCGAGGAGUUGGAGACACGCAUGGACCUCUCUUGCCGAUCUUGAUCUACACAGUCCACGCGACGUUAAUCGAAAAUCAUUCGUGGAUUUUGUUAACAGGGCGCUGACGGUUCGCUCAUUCCCAAUUAUCAAAAGAUUUAGACUAAAUAUUCAAGGAGAUUGUUCAAGUUCAAACGUAAAGUCAUGGAUUGAAGCUGCGGUUUCAUAUAAAGUUGAGGAACUGGAUCUUUGCAUCGGACAAGGAGGCGUUGAUCUUCUUGGUCGUCUUUUCAGCUGCGAAUCUCUUAGGGUUUUAAAGUUUGAGGGACGUGGUGGUUUUAUUAUUCGUAACAGUUAUUUUCCAGGAACUAUGUCUAUGCCGAAUCUCAAGAUCCUUCGUCUUGAUACAAUCGAGUAUUCGAGUGAUUUUACCAUAGAAAGGAUGCUAUCGUGUUUCGUUAAUCUUGAAGAAUUGAUUUUCUAUAGAUUGAUUGAUCAUACUGUUAAGGAUAAGACUAUCCAUGUCCAGUCUUCUUCAUUGAAAGUUUUAAAGAUUCACAUGUUGAGUGGAUGCUAUAUGAAAAAGACUAGGGUUGUCGUUGAUGCGCCUAAACUUGAAUUUCUUGAGCUUUAUAGUUUUGGUUGUCUAAUACUUGACAUUGAGGCUAAUUCAUGCUCAAUAGUUGAUGCGGUUUUGUAUCUUAAAUCAUAUAUAUGGAGUUACCCUAAAGAGGCCGCAAUUCAAUCAGCUGUAGCUCGAUUUGUCGCGAGUAUCUCCAGUACUGUUAAAGUUUUAGCCUUAUCUCCAGAUAUUUUGCAGGACCUUUUUGAUGCAUCCAACAACAAUAUGCCUUGUUUUCCCAACUUGAAUCAGUUGGUGGUAAAAUAUUUCCAAAGUGGCAUGUCAAAUUUGCUUGAUAUGCUCAGAAUAUUACCAAAUUUAAAAGUUCUUGUACUCACUAAGGUUUAUGAAAAUUUUGUUUUGUCGAAAUCUUGGGAUGAUGAACAAAAUGUUGUGCCCCAGUGCUUGAAAUCAUCUAUCGAAAGAAUUGAAUUUAAGGGAUACACAGGCUUUUCAGGAGACAUGGAAAUUCUAAAAUACAUCCUGAGAAACGCAAAGGCCUUGAAGAAAUUUUACAUUUCAGCGUUUUCUUCGCAAGAUUCUCAGGAACCGUUCAAAGAAGAGCUUUUAAAUAAGGUAUUAGUGUUGCCAAAGACAUGUCAAGUUAAAAUUGAACACUCUAUGGGUAUUCCAUAUCAGUUUCAUGCUGCUAAAUAAGGCUUAGUUGUAUGGUAUAAAGAUUUUUGAUAAAAAUAUCAAAAGGGUGAUGAUAAUAAUAUAUGGAUAUCAACAACAAAAUUGCUGACGAAAUUUUCAUACAAACAUCUUCAAAAUUUUGAAAACUAUUCAAUUAUAUUUCCUCUGCAACAAAAGACUGAAAAUCGUAAACACGCCAUUUUUAAAAUUUUGAGCUGGAUUAAUUUCGUCUAUUAAUCGGUGCAGUUAACCCUUAUAAAAAAGGCUUAAUUCCUUAAAAAACCUCCACCUUGUAUUUUUUUUUCGUUUAUACCCUGACCUUGUAAAAACACCAUUUGUACCCAAUUUUGAGUUUUUAUGUUUCAUCUCUACCCAAAAGCAUUAAAUUG